GUCUAUUUUUGUGGGGAAAAUGGCGGUAUUCUAACUUUCGGUAGCCUCGCGUACAAGUGUUUGCUUUUUCGUUGGUUAUAUUCGACAACCACGUGUUCAUGUACUUUCGAAAAUUUAAUUUAUUGAACUGAAUUUUUCUGUAAAUAAAAGUGAUAUGAGUCUGAAGUAAUAGCGAAAUCGACAUGAUUUAAUUCAGAGCAUAUAAAUUAUAUUAAGAAGAUAAAACAAGUGAUAGUUGUGGUAGAAAAUUAAAAAAGAUGAAUAGGGGAAGAGGAUCAUAUUAUAACGAAAACAAUGGAACCAGUACUUACCCUCUACAAGGUGAAGAUAUUCAUCUCAACGAAAAAGCUCGCUUACAACAACCGGUGAAGCUGCAACCCGCCUGGGAAGAAAAUAAUUUACCGGAGGAUGAAUUGAAUUUUAAAAAUUUGACAAUGGAAGCGCCAGUAGAUAAAUUCAAUUUAAUUUUUGUAACAUUUUUAAUACACGGUAUUGGUAUUUUGAUGCCUUGGAAUAUGUUCAUUAAUGCAAUUGAGUAUUUCACCAAUUACAAAUUAUCGCGGGAGUAUGUUGGUAUGGAUUUUCCUUACGUGCCCACGUUUAUGCAAUACAUGACGUUUUGCGCCCAAGUACCAGCAGUAGUAUUAAAUUGGACAAAUAUUUUCGUACAAAUGGGUGGCAAUCUUACGACGAGAAUAGUAUGGAGUAUUGGAAUUUCGAUUUUAGUCUUUAUUAUAACAGUAAUUUUGGCCAUGGCCGAUACAAGUGGCGUCCCUUACCUAUUUUUUUGGUUAACCUUGAUUUUGGUUGUAAUAUUAAACAGUGCUAAUGGUGUGUAUCAGAAUACCAUUUACGGUAUGGCAGCGAAAUUGCCUGGUAAAUAUACAGGAGCUGUGAUAUUAGGAAAUAACAUUAGUGGAACUUUCACGGCGGCAGUUAGUCUCUUAUCUAAAAUUAGUACACCGAAUUUAAAAAUGGCUGCCAUUUAUUAUUUCAUAUCGGCUUUAUUUGUUCUUUUAAUAUGUUUCGAUACAUACUUCGCUUUACCUUUGAACAGGUACUACAGAUUCUACGACCUGAAACAUCAAAAAGAGAAAACACAGGCAGCAAUAUCGGCGGGCGGAUCUGAAAAACCACCAUAUUUGAAAAUAUUCAAACAAGCUUUUCCACAAUUAGCUAAUGUGUUCUUGGUGUUUUUCAUAACUCUAGCUGUAUUUCCUGCUGUGCAAUCUGGUAUUGAACAAAGUGAUCCAAAUUUCUUCAUUGAUAAAAGUGUGUAUGUUGAUGUCAUGUGUUUUAUGACGUUUAAUGUAUUCGCUAUGAUAGGCAGUUUACUUCCAUCGUAUUUCAUAUGGCCUAGUGCAAAAUAUUUAUGGAUACCCAUAACCGCCAGAUUUUUGUUCAUCCCCUUAUUUUUAUUCUGCAACUACCAAGUAAAGGGGAUAACAAGAGUAUUUCCUCUUCUAAUAUUAAACGAUUAUGUUUAUUUCAUCAUUGCCGCUCUAAUGGCGUUAUCCAGCGGCUACCUCAGUUCUUUAGCUAUGAUGUACGCUCCUAGGACUGUAGAAGAGCGAUACGCUCCAACAGCGGGUAUGUUUGCCGCUGCAGCGUUGAUCACCGGCAUAUUCAGCGGUAUCUUGUUAGCUUUCAUUUGGCCUUGGGUGAUAGGCCACAUUGGUGCCUAGCAAAAAUGUCUGGUAUAUGACACAGAAAAGGAAUUCGCCAUCAGAUUUAGCUUAUGAGAACAAUUUCUGGUCAUAUGCCCUGAAAUAUUGGUUUUGUGGUUUUAGGAAGUAAACAUCGGGUUAAGCAAAAAAUACCGAGUAAGGUCACGAUCAGAUAUAAAAAAAAUUGUAUAGUGUACGUUUUUGUUUAAUUGGUAGGGAUUAAUUUUCGAUAAAAUUGUUUUUAUUUCUCGGUAAUUUUUGUAGAUUCCGAUUAAAAUAAUCGUAGAUCUUCCAUAGAACGUAGACCAAAAAAAAUAUUAAACCUUACCAGUUGUAAUUAAUUGUUUAUAAUCUUUUUUAUUACGUUUUAUAUAUUUAAAGACAGGGAGGUUCACUAUCCACUUUCGAUUUGGUAUUUUAAUUAAUAAGUCACAUGUACAGGGCGAUUAAAUUUCGACCACCCCUUAUUUAUUUACUAAUACUAUAGUAUAUUCUACUCAACCUAUUCAUAUUUUUAAUAAUAAUAGUUGUUAUUUUGUCCUAUAAAAUGGAAAAAAAAGAAUGAAAUUUUUUUUGGGGUUUAGGACAGAUUGAUUCAGCAAAAAAACUUUUUUUGGUUUCUUGUAACUUACAAUUAUGCAUUUAGUUCUGAGUUUUAAUGAAGUAUGAGCAUUAUUUAGUCAUUGAAUGCUUUUCCCGUCCCCUACUACUUUUUAUAAUUUUGCAUAAAUUUCCCACUGUAGCUUAGUUGGGUCCAAAAUAAUCUAUAAUUACCUAAAAUUCGCACAACAUAUACAAGUAAAAAAUGAAAAUUUAGAUUUUGUUAUUUUGAACAAGUUCCAAAUAUAUAAGAAAUUUUUUGUUGGUCCAUUUAGUCAAUUUGGAUGCUUAUUUCUUUCCAGGUCAGUUUUUUUGACAAAUCGUUAUAUUUUUGCAUAAAUUUCCUAUCGUAGAAUUAAUUUAUACUAAAAAGAAUGUACAAUCACAUAGAAACCGUUAGAGAUCGAUAAAUGAAACCAUAAUAAUUAAUUUUUUGAUGGUUUCGAGCAGUUCACAAUUAAAUAAAAAAUUAUUAAUGAUCAAUUACUUUCAAUAUUAUAAUUUCAUUUUCGGUGAUAAUUUAGACAAAUCAUGUUCAUUUUUGGAUACUCAUUUCAAUUUUUGCAUAAAUUUUCGAUUAUAUGUUCAAAUUUAACUCAUAUUAUGAUUAAAAAAACAAAAAUCUAUUUUUUUUUAUUGUUUUGAACAAACUUCAAGUUCAUAGAAACAUUUCGUUGGUUCAUAAGUCAAUUUGAAUGCUUAUUAGUACAGUUUGAGUUUUUUGGCCAAAAAAUUUCAAUAUUCAUAUGAAUUUCCGAAUAUAGAAUCCAAUUUAGCUCAAAAUUAAGAUUUUUAAUUUAAUUUAGUACAAACCGCUGUAGGAAUAAAGGAAUCUUGCUUGUCAAAUUGAGUUCGGAAAAUGGCACUUUACGGUAUCCUUCUACUACAGUACUCUGCAAUUCUCCCAAUCCCGUUUGAAAUAAUUAGAUAUAGAAAAUCAGUAACAUUAUCAAAUAUGACAUUUCAUAUUUUGAUAUAAUUUUACUUUUUAUUUAAAACCGAAAACAGUGUGUAAAAAAACAUAUUACGAUAUACCUACGUCCGUAAAAUUUUUAUUACGGUACUCGAUUAGAUAUAUUUGACUCGGCUCCUUCGUCGCCUCGUUCAUAAAAAUUUAUCUCGUACCGUACUAAAACACUUCCCGGACUUAUAACGUAAAUAACUAUUUCAAAUGUUCAAUGGCUGCAAUAACAUCGAAGACACUAACUGUCUCUUUUUAUAUUUGUGUAGUUUAAAUUGUGUAAAAAUAAUUCUAGUUGAAAUAUAUUUUAAAUAAGUAAGAACCUUUUCAUAAAUUCCGGGACAAAAAACCUGAAUCCGGGACAAAUAUUGCUUCUAGAUGCAAAUUGGAAAUACGGGAUUGUUCCGGCCAAUCCGGAACGUAUGGCCACCUUAUUUAUACGCAUUUUUAUUAUUUCGAAUAAUAAAAUUUAAUUUAUUCGACUUUAAUACAUUUUUUUUUCUAAUUUAUGUACAUAUUCUGCGCAAGACUGAGUAUUUAAUUUUCGUUUUCAUGCUUUGUUUUUGUUUUUAGAAUCUGAUUAAAGUAGAUUUUGUAUCGCUUUCGUUUGA